GCAGGAGCCAGGAGGAAUCUUUGCCCACAGGGACAGCCACGGCGCGAGGGUGCAAGCCCUCCCAGCUGCACCUUUGGGAAAGGAUGCGAGGGCGCUCUUCUAUGGGGACACGGGAACUGAGGAAGGAGCCUGCAUCCCAGACUGGGCGGGAGUGAAUGCAGGGUAGCAAGCUUUUGCUGCCCGGCACUUGUCAGAGACUGGGAGCCAGAGGAGAACAGUGAGGAAGGACACCGAGGACAACUUUUGGUCUGCCCUCCACCCAGAGGUCCCCAAGCUCAGAUCUCUAGCUUGAGGGGCCGGGGGUAGUACAAAUAGAAGGAGGAGGCAGGUGACCAGCUGGAGGGAGUCUGCCGGGUGACCUCGUGGCUCGCUGGGUGCGGGGCAACUCAGAAUCCAGGACAGAACCCUUGGCACCAUGAACCCAAUCAUCGGCAUCGCUGUCCUGCUUUCAGUCUUGCAGAUGUCCCAAGGGCAGAAGGUGACCAGCCUGACGGCCUGCCUGGUGGACCAGAACCUUCGUCUGGACUGUCGUCAUGAGAAUAACAGCCUCUUGACCAUCCAACACGAGUUCAGCCUGACUCGAGAGAAAAAGAAGCAUGUGCUGGCAGGCACCCUCGGGGUACCCGAGCACGCGUACCGCUCCAGGACCAGCCUCAAAAGCCAGCGCAACAUCAAGGUCCUCACCUUAGCCAACUUUACCCACAAAGAUGAGGGCAUCUACACGUGUGAGCUGCAAGUCUCAGGCCAGAGCCCUCCCCUAAUCUCCAAUCAAAAUGUCUCUGUGCUCAGAGACAAGCUGGUGAAGUGUGAUGGCAUAAGCCUGCUGGUUCAGAACACCUCGUGGCUGCUGCUGCUCCUGAUCUCACUCUCCCUCUUCCAAGCCAUGGAUUUCAUUUCUCUGUGACUGGUUGGGUCCACAGAGAAACCUUAAGCCUCCAGGCCCAGUACAGAAGUCCUGCUUCUCUGGGUCAGCUAACUCCCUUCCCCGGUCCCUCAAAUACCUCGGGGAGAAGCGGGGACCCUGUCCCUCCCUCCCAAGGAACCCCAGUGCUGCAUGCCAUUGCCACCCCCUCCGACACUUCACCCUCUCUGCACACCACUGGCUGCCAUUUUAUACUCUUCAUUCCGGGGCUGCUUCUGUCCGUUUAUUUAGAGUUUCUCCUUUCUUUUCUUUGAGAGUUUGUGACAAGGGAGGCCAGGAUUAGGGACCUAGUGGAGCAUUAACGGUGUAUGAUGGGUGGCCGGAUACCAAUCCCUGAGGGGAUGGGGAGGGGUUACUGCUUGCCAACCAGGCCAGAUGCCUGAAAGAGGCAUGAAGGAGUUGGAGUGUGUCUGUGCCUGGUACAGUCAUACCCUUGGUAAAAGUAUCACCCAACGGGCAGGGAGGGGACCUCAAGAUCUCAAGAUAUCAGGGCGAUGCUUAGCCUUUGUGGCCCAUCCAACGAGGAUGAGAACUGAGUCUAUACAAGAUCAUUCUCAGCUGCCACAUACAAUCCCCCUCCUAUCGCUGAAGAAGCCCCUGGGGCUCUUGAGCCCGGGCACGUUCAGGAAAGCCCAGGUUCUGCCAGCGAACUUUGGGGGAAAGGAGGGGUAGGAGGUGAGGAAACAUCACCCCUCCUGUCUAUGAAAAGUGCGCCAGAGGAAGGCAACCCCUCCUCUGCUCCCAAGGAGCCAGAACUCGGUAGGAUCAGUGCAGGAAGUAGGUCCUAGAGCCACCCUGCUGGCCUCAGCUUGCUAAGGGAGAGUCUUUGUUCUUUCCCUUACCCUUCUGUGCCAGCCCCUCUGGCUGUCCCUGAUUCCCCAGACAACCAGAGCCUUGCAACCUGCCUCCUCUGGGACCUCCUAGGGUGGGAAGCAGGUGGUGGAGUGAGACCCUGUGUGAGCGCUUCUUGGAAGAUAGCUUUUCCCAACGCCCACCUCCCCCCUGGCAGCUCUGCCUGUCCUGUCACGGUGUGUAAUGCCACCACAGCUCACAGCAUCUCACUGAGGAAAGCAAAAGCUGCACAAUAAAACCAAGCCUCUGGAGUCUG